GGAGCUGUCAGCGCGCUUGCAACAUGUCAACAAACACCAAAGUCAAACUGGAGUAAACCGGGGAGCGACAUUUAUCUCAUUAUGAUCGUUUAUGUGCGGUUUAAUUCGACCCAUGGGUUUCCGGUAGAGUUGGAACAGGGUUCAAGUGUAGCAGAGCUGAAAGAGGCGGUGGGGCGUCUACAGGGUGUACAGCAUGAUCAACUCCGGGUCAUUUUUGCUGGAAGAGAGCUCUGCAACGAAUCCACACUUCAGGGCUGUGAUCUCCCCGAGCAGAGCACGGUUCAUGUGGUUCUGCCACCACCGAGCUCUGCCCACCGGUCUGAGCUCGUCUUGCAGCAUAGACUGGGCGGCGGGGGGGAAAGUUUGACCCGACUUGACCUUAGCAGCUCCCGUCUGAACACCACAUUCAAUGGGCUGGCUGUCAUCUUGGAGACAGAUGCAUCUAGCCCAGGCGACUCUGUCGGGAAUACAGAAUCAAAAGCCCACAGCAGUUUCUACGUGUUCUGUAAGAUGGUCUGCAAGGCCAUCCAGCCUGGAAAACUUCGUGUUCGCUGCAGAGACUGCAAACAAGGCACCCUCACACUCAGCAGGGGACCGUGCUGCUGGGAUGACGUCCUUCUGCCGAACAGGAUUCAUGGAGUUUGUCAGUCACGAGACUGUGAUGGCAGAAUGGCGGAGUUCUACUUGAAAUGUGCUGCCCAUCCCACUUGUGAUAAUGACACAUCUGUAGCUCUGGACCUGAUAAUGCCCAACACACGCAGAGUCCCCUGCAUCGCCUGCACGGACAUCAUGACUCCAGUUCUGGUGUUUCAGUGCGUUGAGUGUCACGUCAUCUGCCUGGAGUGCUUCCACCUGUACUGUGUGACCAGACUCAAUGAGCGACAGUUUACCCAUGAGCCAGUAGUGGGUUACUCCUUGCCAUGUGCAGCCGGCUGUCCUGACUCGCUCAUUAAAGAGGUUCAUCAUUUCCGAGUCUUGGGAGAUGAGCAGUAUGAGCGUUACCAGCAGUAUGCAGCGGAGGAGUGUGUUCUUCAGAUGGGAGGUGUGCUGUGUCCCGCCCCAGGAUGUGGUGCUGGGCUGCUUCCUGAAGAUGAUGUUAGAAGAGUCUGCUGUGAGUUAGGGAAUGGACUCGGCUGUGGGUUUGAAUUUUGCAGGAACUGUAAGGAGGAGUAUCACGAGGGAGAGUGCAGACAGAAGACGGCCUUCGAGGCGGGCAGUACCCUGCAGAGUUAUAUUGUAGAUGAGGAAGCAGCCCUCCGUGCCCGCUGGGAUCAGGCCUCACAGGACACUAUAGCCCAGACCACUCACCCCUGCCCCAAAUGCCAAGUUCCUGUGGAAAAGAACGGCGGCUGUAUGCACAUGGUGUGUUCGCGUUCACAGUGUAAGUUUGAAUGGUGCUGGCUGUGUCGUGUGGAGUGGAACAGGGAAUGUAUGAGCAACCACUGGUUUGGAUGAGCGAGAUACAUUCGCACCAUGAGCUGAACUUCAGGGAAUGGAGACCAUUGUUUGUUUGUAUAGCAACAAAUGGAACACUUGCAGAACACUAUCAAGUCAUUAUUAAUGAUUUAAUAAUACAUAUCAUCCUGCUGACAUUCAUAUGUAUCUGUGGUAACCACACAUAUUUUGAUUGUUAUCAUGUGUAUCACAAUCUUAUUAAAA